GAUACUGGCGGGGGGAGGGGUGUGGCUUAGAGGAAGCGGAAGUGUCAGAGCAGGCGGAAGUGGUUGAGCCCUGAAUAGCCGAGCAUUGAGAGGAGGACGCCUCCAUAAACCUUCGCCGUUCACAGCAGAACAUCGAGAAGUCUAGUAACCUUCGAAAUCCACAAGAUGGAGAGGGCCGAUCUGGUGCAGAAAGCUAAGCUGGCCGAGCAGGCCGAGCGCUACGACGACAUGGCGGCCGCCAUGAAGCAGGUGACAGAGCAGAACAAAGAUCUGAUCAACGAGGAGCGCAACCUGCUCUCUGUGGCCUACAAGAAUGUGGUGGGAGCCCGCCGCUCGUCCUGGCGCGUCAUCUCCAGCAUCGAGCAGAAGAGCGAGGGCAACGACAAAAAGCAGCAGAUGGCCCGUGACUACCGUGUGAAGAUCGAGUCUGAACUUAAAGAAAUCUGCCAUGACGUGCUGAGUCUGCUGGACAAAUUUUUGAUCGCCAACGCCAGCCUGCCAGAGAGCAAGGUGUUCUACCUUAAAAUGAAAGGAGACUACUACAGAUACCUGUCAGAGGUGGCGUCUGGUGAUUCCAAGAAAGAAACGGUGGAGGAGUCUGAGAAUGCCUACCAGAACGCCUUCGAUAUCAGCAAGACCGACAUGCAGUCCACGCACCCCAUCCGACUCGGCCUGGCCCUUAACUUCUCCGUCUUCUACUACGAAAUCCUCAACUCGCCGGACAAGGCGUGUGGUCUGGCCAAGCAGGCGUUUGACGAGGCCAUUGCCGAGCUCGACAGCUUGAACGAGGAGUCGUACAAAGACAGCACGCUGAUCAUGCAGCUACUACGGGACAACCUGACUCUGUGGACAUCAGAAAACCAGGGAGACGAGGUAGAGGCCGGCGAAGGGGAAAACUAGAGCGCACUCAACGGUUCAAACACCCCCACUCCCCUUUUUCUCUCUCUCUUCAUGCACACAAAUGUUCAUUCCCUCUUCAAGCUUCUUUGCUUUCUUCUGUAUAAGCAGCAGCAUGAAUUGUACACCUCCACCCUCCCCACUACAUGGCACUCCAUGUCCAGCCCGCCCACUAGAACCUUCUGGCCCGUCCUGUCUCACUAGGAGGUUUUUAAAAAACAAAAAACAAAAAAAAAUCUGAUAUAAUUUUCUCAAUCUUUCCUCUUUCCUAACUCCACCGCCCCACUCUAGCGAGCUCUUCCUCCUUCCUGUUUCUUGGCUUCUUAGUCCCGCCCACUGGCUGCUUUUAUUCCACUUUAAUCCAAACAAGACAAAAGGUUAUUAAACUGUGUGUUUAUUUUCAACAAACACUGUGAUGCUGACGAGUCUUUCCUCACUCGGGGUCAUGCGGGGAGGGGGGGCGUGCCCACUCUGCUGACGUUUAUACAGAAGGGGCGUGGGUGGGCAUCUCCCGCGAGGUCACAUUGUGACACUGACUGACUGACUAGUGAGCGGUCCGUCAUCACGUUGGUUUCCAUAAUGACCAGAACUUUAUCCACUCCCUCAUCACUUUACGACUAAACAAAAUAUUUUGAACUAAAACAUGCUUUAUGAUUUGCCGAUAACGUCCAAAGUUUCAAAUUGAGUUUUCCUCCAAAGUCGGUCAGUGUCACGACGUCCUCCCCACGGAGAAUCUGGACAUUCCACGCUGUAGGUGUCUCUUACUUUGCUGGGGACAAACGUCUUUUCAUUUAUUGAAAAGCUAAGGAAAUAAAAACACAAAAAAAGCUUCCCUGCCGCUGUUCCCUACGUCCCUCUCAUUAGCCAAUCACUACGCUGCUUGUUGGCUGCAUAAAGGAUGGAUGUGGCAGCCUGUGUGUGUAUAUCUGCUAGUUCACUUUUUUCUUCUUAUCAGUAUCCUGCUUUUAAUCCAAGACAAAAUUUACAAAAAAAAAGUUUGCUUCUGUGACGGUUUUCUUGCUUAGCGCGUUCGUGCUUGUGAACAUUUUGAACUUCGCUUCAAUAAAAAGAGAAAAUUACCCCCCCAAAAAAUGAUGCCUUCCCUUUCCCCUUACCCCUCCCCCCUUUCCCCGAUUAAUGAGCUAACAGUAGAUUUGUGUCUUUAAAAACUCUAGGUUCACCUUUACAUGUUAUAAACAGGACAAAAUGUACAAGACGAUUUAAAGUGAAAUAAAGGUUUUAUCAGUUCUGAAA